GCCGCGGGGCCGGGGGAGGGCCUAGGCGCCGGGCCGGCCAGCGCCGCCGCGUCACGCGGGGUUGGGCGAACUCCCAGCAGGCCUCGCGUGGGUGGCGGGCCGUUCACCCAUGUUUCCGUGAAAGUGAAGCCUCUCUCUGUUUAGGUGUGAAGGAAACAAACCAUGACAAUCCAAUGGGUGGCGGUUGUCAGCUUUCUUUAUGCUGAAAUAGGACUCAUUCUAAUCUUCUGCCUGCCCUUUAUCCCUCCUCAGAGAUGGCAGAAGAUUUUUUCAUUUAGUGUCUGGGGUAAAAUUGCAAGUUGUUGGAACAAAGCUUUCCUUACCAUUAUAAUCCUAUUGAUUGUUCUGUUUCUAGAUGCUGUGAGAGAAGUAAGGAGGUAUUCCUCCAGUCAUGUCGUUGAGAAGAACGCAGAUGGCAGACCUAGUGCCUAUGAGCACACACAGAUGAAGCUCUUCAGGUCCCAAAGAAAUCUUUAUAUUUCUGGAUUCUCAUUAUUUUUUUGGCUAGUGUUGAGACGUCUGGUUACGCUUAUUACUCAGCUGGCAAAAGAAAUAGCAAACAAAGGAGUGCUUAAAACUCAAGCAGAAAAUACCACUAAGGCUGCCAAGAAAUUCAUGGAAGAGAAUGAAAAACUAAAAUGGGUGCUAAAAAACCAAGGCAAGGAUGAAGAAAACAUUUUGGAAACUGAAAAUAAAAAACUAAUAGAAGACCAGGAAAAACUGAAAACUGAAUUGAAGAAGGCAUCAGAUGCCCUUUCAAAGGCACAAAAAGAUGUGAUGACUAUGAAGAUGCAGUCAGAGAGACUGUCAAAAGAGUAUGAUCGACUCCUGAAAGAACACUCAGAACUUCAGAACCGUUUUGAAAAAGAGAAUAAGAAAGGCCUGUGAACUAACUUUAUAAAAGAAGAUCGUGAUACACCUUGUCAAGAUAAUAAAUUUGUUAUCAUGGUAGCCACUAAAACUUUUAAAAUUCAGUUUAAAAAGAAGCAGCAGCUCUGUUAGUCGCCACAGACACACAUAGGCUGUAAAAUGUGUCAGAUAUAAAGUAUGUAUUUCAGCUCUUUUAAAAAAUAUAAGCAUGUUACAUACCAUAUUUACAUAUUGCUAAUAGCAUUGGUGUAUGAUGAUUCUUUACCGGUAAGAGGAAAAAUUCAUUAGCCAGCCAUGUACUUUCCAAAUUAGAUCAAAAUUCGCAUGAAACCAUUAUUAGCUUUGAAAGCUUUGUUGGGUUUUUAGUAAUAAUCAGAGGACAGUGGUGGUGAAAAUGAUGUGCUUGAAAAUAGUACUCAGUAACAGAAAAUUUGUUCACAGGCAAAUAAGGAUAAAUUACCACAAUUAGCCACUGUGUUUAUAGAGAAGAGUCAGAGAACAAUGAAAACAAUAGCCUUAGGGUUUUUUAAGCCUAAUGAUUCUGUAAUUUACUCUACAUAUGACAGCACUAUGGAUAGUUGUAUUUUUGUUACUGUGCUUUUGUACAAUUAGACUGUUGAUAUUUGUUCAGUCAUAUAUAAUUAGUAUUCUAUCUUUUCAAGUUUGUCUGGUAAUAGAAUUUAUUUCCAUUUGCAAAACUGUCGGAACACUGAAUUGAACUUAUGUUGUACUGUAGAAUUCUCCACUUACAAAGCUCAUUUAUGACAUCUAAAAAGCCAUGUUUUUUAUGCUUAUGAAAUACAGGUGUUUGUAAUAUACAGGUAUUACCUCAAUAUCCAUGCACUGGUGUCAUAUAGCUCUCUCUAAUUCUCAAAGUUAAAUACUGGUUUUCAUGCAAAUAUUCAUGUGGACAUAAUGAUUGUAGUAAUAUGAUUUAGGUUACUUUGAGUGUUUAACUGUAAAAAGCCACUUGUCUUAACGUGACUUAAAUAUAAAAAAAAAAUGCAAAAUAAUAAUUAGAGUUUGUACUACUCUAGUCUUUGUUUUAUCUAUAAUUUUAAUGCCAAUUUUAUGUAUAGUUAAUUGUUCUCACUGUAAAGUGGGUAAAAUGAGUAAUACCUAAUUUUAUUUCAGAUAAAAGUCAGGAGUUAGUGCUAGAAAUCAGACAUGAAUAAGACAUUCAAAAGGGGUAAGAUAUGGGAGUUAUGCCAUCUGGGAUGACACCACCAUAAAUAAAAAGGAAAGGGAAUGAAAUAGAAAUAAAUUAGAAGAAAACUGCUCAAUGACUUCUCAGACUUCAGACUUAGAAAUAUCAAAGCGAGAGUAAUAUGGUAAAUAUAGAUACUGGAUGUGUGAGAUCUUAAUCUACUCUACAGAUAUCAGUUGCUAUGUCAGUAUAACAUAAGUUAAAGGGAAACUGCACAGCUUUAAAAUUAGAACCAACAGCUAAUCCUAGCCUCAUGCCUUGUUGACUUGUUUAGUCAUGUGAUUUGAACAAAUUAUUCAAAUUUCUAGGCCUCCUUUUCCUCAUUUCCAAAUUGAGAAUAUUAAUAUUUAAAUAAGGGUUACUAUGUAAACUAAUAUGAAUCUCUCAUAGUAUAGUAUAGUAUAGUAUAGUAUAGUAUAGUAUAGUAUAGUAUAGUAUAGUAUAGAAAAAUCUGUUUGACAAAUUCAUGGAUUCAAAAGUUUCACCAAAAAAGCACUUUAAAGUUUACAGUUAGGGAAUCCUAGACCUCAACAUUCAAUUUUACAGAUCUUUAAUUUGAGAGCUCAAACUUUUGAGGAAUUUUCCUGGGGGAAAUAGAAAAGAGAGCCAGGUUUAGGAAUUGAAAAUGCAGGUAUCCUAGUUCCCUGGAUAUUAGUCAUCUUAAUUUGCAAACUAGUUUAAUUUGUGAAACCUUAAACAAUGUCACAUAUGUAUAAAUAAACUGAUAACUUGACCACUGGUUAAGGGAAAGGUUUUUCUUGUAGAUAUGAAAGAGAGAACAGCCAAAGGCAUCUGGAAGAAUCCAGAGAGGGAGAGAAAAUAGUAGACUGUGCAUGGCCAGUAGACUGGAACUGGCCAGGAGACAGGGUGGGGAGAGUGAGAGGUGAAAACAAAGAGAGUGGCAAGAGAGGAUGAAGAAAGGAUAUAGUCAAAAUAGCAGAAUUUUAAAUGUGGGUCUCCCCUUUUUCUCAGGGAUUGUUGGCAACCAGUCCAAAAGGGUGAGGGGAACAGAGUUGGAGAGAGACAUGGUUCAGAUAGCCCUGAGUACAUCAGAAAGACGCCCCCAGGACCAGCUUCAGUGAGACUGAACAACUUUAUUCAGGGCAAACAAAGGCCAGUAGUUCUUGGGGGAUGGGUGGAGGGUUCCCCGGGUAGAUGUAAGGUAUUGGCUGCUGUUUGAAGUACAAGAAUGUGUUAUUUGCAUUUGGCAGCACAGUUCUAUCAUGAAUGGGAACACAUACCUAAUUAUUCUAUCGGCAGCAGGAAGAAGAAUAUUAGCAGGGAACUGUGUAAUAACCAUAUUACAGAUACGGUUAGAGUUGUCUGCCCUAGAGACACUCCAGAUGAGAUAAGGCAGAGAGUGGGAGGCCCUGCUGGUGGGGAGAGAGUCCUCUAUCUAGUGCCAAGCUCAGAAAAGCUUUCUAAACCUGGUGAACUGCAACCUCAAACUGCAGGGUCCUCCAGCAUAUAAGGAGAAAUUGGAGGGAAGGAGGCUCUUGAGCUGGAGGUUUAUUGUAGGGAAGGAGAAGAAAAGAGCUAGAUACUUGUGAGACUGAGAGAGCCUGUAAGGAGACCAGCAUGUGCCUUGGUGUGCUAAUAGGCACAACAGAGAGGCCUUUGUCCCUUAUGCCAGUGAUAAGAUGUAAUAGAAGUUUGGGUUUCUUUAAAAACUCAGUUAUGUAAAUAUGUUUUUGUUUUAAUCCCAAGUGCAGGAUUUAGUUGGGCUAUAGUUUAUUCACAGCUAUCUAGUGUGGGGCGUGGCUUUUGCUAGUUUGUAACAGCCUUCAGCGUGCAGCAUUGAGAGUGCUGUGGUUUAGGGCUCUGAGGAUAUAAAUUUGAGAGCCAAGGAAGAGGUGGUGUGGCACGCAGUGCGUGUGGUGUGUAGCAGUUUGGAGAGACAGUCAGUGUGGCGGUUUGGAGCAGAGAGACAGAGAGAAAUGCCUUGGGAAGCAGCGGCAUGGAGGAGACUACCAGCUGUGUCUGCUGUUGACAGAAAUAGGUAUAGAGCCCUAAAAGAACCCAUUGACCUUAAACAACCAGGAGCAGUAAUGGGGCCUCUCUCCCCACUAACCUUUUCUCUCCUACAUAGGGUUGGGAGUUUGAGGCUCUAAAAAACAAGUGCUACAAUAAGGUAACUGGCUGGUUUUUUUCCCCCUUUUGUUUGUUUUGUUUUUUAAGACAGGGUAUCUCUGUGUAGCCCUGGCUGUCCUAGAACUCACUCUGCAGAGCAGGCUGACUUCAAACUUAAAGAUCUGCCUGCUUCUGCCUCCUGAGUGCUGGGAUUAAAGGCAUGUAUCACCACCACCACCCAGCUGUGACUGUCUCUUUUGAUAGAGGGGAACCCAGCUUUACAAGUUCAUCAGAAAUGUUGUCUUUUGUCUAUCUCCAGAAUUUGGGGGCGAUGGAGUUUUCUUUGGACCUGACAAUAUAUAGCCAAGGUUUGAACUAAAUAGUAUGAAAGAGUGUUUCCUACUACUUUCCAAUGUUGGUAUUUAGCAAAUCCUAUACAUAGCCUAUUGGUUUAAGUACCCUCCAUAUUAAAUUAUUUCUCAUAAUAAUGA